GCUCCGACGAACACGGGGACUUGGGGACACGGGCACGGCCUUUCCCAUGUCUCCUGUCCCUCCUUUUGUCCCUCCAAACUCUGCUGUGGCUGCAGGGUCUCCCGUGCCCUGCACCGAGCCCGGGGAGAGCGGUGGGGCUGCUGGGGGGUCCAGGCUGGAGCAGCCGGUGCCUUCACCUCUCCCCGCCAGAGAACCCACCUCCAAGGCCAUGGCCACCCAGCUGGGCAGGGGAGAGAAGCCCUUCCACAUCGUCUCGCCCCUCCUGGAAAGCCUGCCCUUGUCCAAGGUGGCGGGCACCAAGGUCUACAUGAAGCUGGAGAACGUUCAGCCCACCGGCUCCUUCAAGAUCCGGGGCAUCGGGCACCUUUGCCAGGAGGCUGCCAAGAAGGGCUAUCACCACUUCGUUUGCUCCUCAGGGGGCAACGCGGGGCUGGCAGCAGCAUAUGCAGCCAAGAAGCUGGGGCUGCCUGUCACCAUCGUGGUCCCCAGCACCACCAGCCAGACCACUGUGCACAAGCUGGAGGAGCUGGGGGCAGAGGUGGAGGUCUCUGGACAGGUGUGGGAUGAUGCCAACACGAGAGCUCUGGAGCUGGCCAAGACAGAGGGCUGGGUCAGCAUCCACCCCUUUGACCACCCCUUGGUGUGGCAGGGUCACUCCAGCCUGGUCCAGGAGCUGAAGGACUCUCUGGACACCAAACCCGAUGCCAUCCUGCUGGGUGGGGGGGGGGGGCUGCUGGCCGGCGUGGUGGCCGGGCUGCAGCAGGUGGGCUGGCAGGACAUCCCCAUCGUGGCCGCCGAGACCCGAGGGGCUCACAGCUUCCACGCAGCGCUGGCAGCCGGGCAGCUCAUCUCCCUGCCCGACAUCACCAGCGUGGCCAAGUGCCUGGGAGCCAAGAGAGUGGCAGCGAGAACGCUGGAGUGUGCCCAGGAGUGCCAGGUCAUCUCCCAGGUGGUGGAGGAUGCGGAGGCUGUGCGGGCUGUGGAGCUGUUCCUGGAUGAUGAGAGGAUGCUGGUGCAGCCGGCGUGCGGGGCCACCCUGGCCCUGCUCUACGAGGGGCGGCUGCAGCGGCUGCAGCGGGAGGGGCGGCUGCCCACCCCCCUGGGCUCCGUGGUGGUGGUGGUGUGCGGGGGCAGCAGCAUCCAGCUGGCCCAGCUGCAGGCCCUGAAGAGGCAAGUGGGGCUGGAGUGAUGCCCACCCCCGAGGAGAGGGGAGGUGACGGAGCCCAGCCAGCCCCCUCUGCUUGCUGUCCUU